GUUACGAUUUCGAAACGUACGUGAAACGAAGUCAAUGUGUCAUUAAUGUCAAAAAACAGAAAGGUUAGUUUUCUGGCUGAUUUGUUUAUUUUUCAGAUUUUAUGGUAAUACGGGUGGUUUGAAGAAUUCUACAACGAGACUAGCUCUCAAAAUUCACGAGCGUUUACUCAAACCAGUUUGGGGAAGUAAAUAUCCUGUAAAAUGAGUAUGCCGACGUACGACCCAGGUCCAGAACAUUUCCAGCAGUUCCCUUCUAAUAGGAUCAUCGUGAUCCACCCAGGAUCACUCUACGUGAGAAUAGGAAGAGCUUCAGACCUUCUUCCAGUCAAACAACUGCAUUGCAUUGCAAGGAAACGUCGUCCUGGCGGAAAAAUAUAUCGGGACCCGUUCAUACCACCAAGCGUCCCAAAAACGAAGGAUUUGAUUGAAGAGCUUGAAGAAUGUCGUCUGCAGAUAUCCCACACUCUUCAGACGUGUGUCCAGUCGAACGGAGCCCGUCGGUACGCGACGCCCCCUCAACAAAUAGCCGCUUUUAACCGUAGAUCUUUGCCAGAAAGCGUUAACGAUGGAGAACCAUGGCCUCAAGUUCAGUGUGAAAUUGUCAUUGGUGAUCUAGUCCUAGAUAUCGACCCAGAACUACCUUACAACAUACAUUUUCCAUAUAGAAGAGGGGAUUUUAAUUUACAUUCUGAAGUAGGUGGUUCAGUUUCUUCAGUUUUGAACGAUUUGUACACCAUAUGGAGCUCCAUCAUUGAGUACAAACUAGGAAUACCUUUAAUAGAACUGGUAAAAUACAGAUGUGUGCUGCUAAUACCUGAUAUUUACUCCAGAAGUCAUCUAAAAUGCCUAAUGUCUCUAUUACUGAGAGAUCUAGGAUUUGGCCACUGUUUUCUAGUUCAAGAAAGUGUUGGUGCUACAUUUGGUGCUGGCAUUGGCUCAGCUUGUGUAGUUGAUAUUGGUGACCAAAAAACUGCUAUAUCUUGUGUUGAAGACUGCAUAUCACACAAGACAACAAGAUUACGAAUGGACUAUGGAGCUGGUGAUGUGUGUCAAGCAUUGUCCUGGAUGUUCCAUAAGAGUGCAUUUCCCUACAAGGAUUGGACAGAAAACAUACCAAGAGAUGUGAUACUAAUGAGGAAUUUGUAUGAGAAUUUCUGUCACGUAAACCUAGAUGUUUGCGGUCCACAGGAAAAAACGUUCUUUGUGGACCAUCCUGGAGAUGUAGUCAACAAAUACACAUUACAAGUUGGAGAUGAAUGCAUAAUUUCACCACUAUCAAUGUUCUACACUGAUCUAUUGAAAAUAACUGGCCCAAAAACUACAAAAAUUCAGAACCGUCCUCCUAGUGACCCUGAAGAUCCUUUUGAUGCAGAGUUUCUGAGAGAAACUGGUAGAAAACGUGAAACAGCGGACCCAGCUGCCAAUGAAAGCCAGCAGUUUGAGGCUGUGAAUGAAUCUCAGCCAUCAGCUAACCCAGAUGAGGAUAUUGUUGUUGAUGCUUUAGAAGGUGGUCCUGGAGACGUGGUAUCAUUAGCACCUGGUCAAGUUCUGGCUCUAGACGCUGCGAUAUUACAGAGCAUUGACCGAUGUCCAAGUGAGGAAUUAAAACGUAAAAUGUACAGUAAUAUUCUGAUAGUUGGUGGAGGUGUGAAGGUAGAUGGGUUGUAUUUGUGGCUCCAGAAUCGGUUGGCUUUACAGAUACCCUAUGCAUAUAAGACUGAGCAGCUAGAAAUAGUUACGUCACCAAAGGACAUCGAUCCAGCAAGUACGGUUUGGAAAGGAGCAGCAGUUAUGUCUUGUUUGGAGUCCGCUAUUGAGUUGUGGAUCAACCAGAGCGAAUGGAAUAAGUUUGGGCUGAGAAUUUUACGAGAAAGAGCUCCUUUUAUUUGGUGACAUUAGGUUUUAUUUAAUUAUUAGAUAGUAAUAGUUGGUGUCACCCUCCUACCAAUGUGGGUGAGAGAACCAACCAUGACUGUGAUGUGACAAGAUGGUGUAUUAUAUGGAAUGUCACAUUGUAAUAAUGAGUAAUGCUUCUCUUGACCUAAAUUGUAAAG